AUGACCACCGCAGCUUCCGAAGGUAUUGUGAGCAGGGAGCAGCUGCAGAUGAUGCUUCACGUUAUCCUACACUCAACUGACAACAAUGAGCGCCGCAAUGUGGAAAAGUCUGUUGUGCAGUUGCUCACCACCCCGUCGACUCUGACAUUACUGAUGGUGAUGCUUCGAGAUGUGCAGGGAUCUUCACCGGGAGUUCGGCAACUGGCAGCAGUGCUGCUUCGAAAGAAAGUUUUGUCAUUGUGGCGUACCAUUCCUUCCGAGUCACGUGGGGAUUUUAAGGGGGCGCUUCUCGAGCAGCUCGGCUGUGAGCCGGUGAAGGCUGUUCGCCUGGCUCUUGCGCAUCUUGUCACGCGGGUGGCAAAAGCAGAUGCAAUGGACGAGGACGGUGGCUGGCCGGAGCUUAACUACGCCAUUCGUGCCGCAGUAAUCGAUCCGCGUGCGGAGAUGCGUGAGUUGGCGAUGGUUCUUGCUUAUAGUGUGGCUGAAGUGAUGAGUGAAGCUGAUACCCAUUGCUUGCCCGUCGUGGAGGCGGUGCUUCAAGGCAUGUUGGAUUCGGAAGAUGCUGUUCAGCGAUCGGCGGUGAAGGCUGUCGGUACGCUCUUUGUCUUUAUCCGGGGGCAGACAAAAGUGUGGGAACAGUUGCUGCAGCAGCUUGUGCCUCAGUGCUUGGCGCUGUUGACUAAGUGCGGGACCGAAGAAACCAAAACUAAUCUUUGCGUGGAUGUGUUGGACCUUCUUGAGCAGCUGGUGGAGGACCUCAGUGUGAAGAAACACGGGGCUCUCCUCCGCAGUGUGGCUUUGGAGGUGCUUUCUGUUAUGACCAAUGGAGCAAUUCAACCUCGUGUGCGGCAGAGCUGUGCUGAGGUGCUUGCAAGUUUGGUUAAUCAGAAGCCAAAAUUCGUCUCCACCACCGUGCUGGAGCCCCUUGUUUCCGCCUGUGUGCAAGUAAUGAGUGAGGACAACGCAAUUUCCCUGCCAGAGGUUGCGCAUACGGAGGGCAUGGAAAACUGUGAUGACUCUCAAAGCGAUGAGAAUGAUGCUGCGGAUAUGCUGCACGUGGAUCCACCUUGUUUGUUUGCUGGUCGCCUGCUUAGUACGAUAGCAACAAAAGUUGCCGCGAAGUCUUUCACAGGAGCGCUUUUACCGUUGAUUUCACCGGUUGCACAGAGCCCACAGGCGGUGGGUCCCAAGGAGCGAAAAGCUUCGAUCCUCGCUCUUGCUUGUUUGGCAGAGGGUAAUCCAGGGUAUUUGAGGCGCCGUGUACGGUACGUUUUGGAGUUUACGCAGCAACUUCUCAGCGAUAGCGAGCCUGUGCCGCGUGAAGCUGCUGCCUUUGCUCUCAUCUACUUUUGCCUACAUUUACAACCGGAGAUUUUAACUCACCAUGAGCAACUGUUCCCCAUGCUCGUGCCGUUAUUAAGGGAUGAGGUGGAUGCGGUCCGGCGCCGAGCUGCCUGUGCGCUUGACACGUUGUGCGAAAACCUGGCAGGAGAUGUAGAGCCACACGUUUCAGUUUUACUCCCCGCGGUGUUGGAGGCAAUCGGGUGCAGUUCGCUACAGACGCAAAGCGAGCUGUGCGGUGUCAUCGCGUCGUUAGCGACAACCCAGUGCGCUUCAUUUAAACAACAUGCGGGACACUGUCUCGAGUUGCUGAAGCCACCGCUAACCAUGACCUCACCGGAGACGAUCCUGUUGCGUGCGAGAGCGACGGAAACGGCUGGUGUCGUGGCAGCAGCGAUGGGAAGAGAGACGUUCAUGCCACACCUUUCAUUUUUCAUGGAGCAGGUAGCGGAAAAUUUGCGUACCCGGCAGCCUCAAUUACGCGAGGAAAGUUUUGGUUUUCUUUCCAACAUCUGUGAAUUGUUGCGGGGAGAUUUUAUCCCAUACCUCGAUGACACCAUUAACUGUGCGUUGCAGACGAUAGCAGAGGAUCGAGCGCACUACGAAAACAAACAUCUCCUCGCAGGUGGUGCCAUGCCCCAUUUUAAGAUGGACGAUGAGUGCAACACCAUGAAAGCCGUGAUUGGGGGAGAUGAGGUUGGUGACGAUGAUAAUGAUGAUGACAAGUGCUGCGGCAGCGAUGGAAGUGACGCGGAAGAGAUCCACGGGCGUGUUCGUACAGCUGACCUGGAAGAGAAGAGCAGCGCCGUUUACUUUGUUGGAGUCUGUGCGGAGGUGUUGAUGUCGAGUCUAGGCACCCAGCGUAUAGACGCCUGCUGGGCCGCACUUGCAGAUCUUGAUGUGCAUUUCCACAGCAACAUCCGCUGCAGCACCCUUCUUGCAUUAGCGAAGUUGACUCAGGCUGUUCAUGGAUCUGAGUGCGUCAUAAAGGACACCGCACUAGACACGUUGGCCCCGGCCGCGCGUGAGCGACUUAACACACUCGUUAACGAAACCCUUCUCCCCUGUAUUCGGGGGGAAGGGGAAGAGGACAAGGAGGUUGUAGCAGCAGCAUGCGACGCCUUUGAGUUACUGUUUAAGUUCUUUGGGCCACAGUUGUUCCUCGCAGACACUAGCGAGUUCCUCCAAAUUGUAACACGCCUCCUGCAACAGCGGAUGCCGUACCAGCGGGAAGAUGAAGAUGAUGAUGCUUCCGAUAGCUCUGAUGGAGAAGCCACCGGGGCUGCCGGCUCUGAUGGAGACCAGUUGCUUUUGGGAGAGGACCAUGAUGGAGUGCUGAUGGAUGCCGUAUGCGAAAUGGUUGAGGCGUUUGCGAAGGCGUAUGGUCCAGGGUUUAGAAUGUUAGCCGAGGUGAUUUUGCCGCUACUACUUCCCUACGCUUCCUUGGAUCGCCCGUCGGAGGACGUUGUGAUGGCAACGGGUUCCAUUGCAUCAAUUCUUGAGUCCCUCGGUCCGGAGGCGGCUCCAUUUGUGGACCAUGCCGUUACCCUCGCACUGGAGUUAAUAUCUUCUACAGACGAGUCGACUGCACGCGCCAACUGUGCAUACAUGAUUCGUGUGUUGGUGGAGAGCUGUUCCGGGCGCUUCAACACUGAAGCUGCAGCGACGCCGCUUCUGCAAGCGCUUUGGCUUGUCGUUGGCGGAUGUGAGGAGAUACCUGCCGCUGUUGACAAUGCCAUCUCAGCGAUUUGUUCGAUGGUGCGAUGCCUUUCACCGGGAGUUGUGCCUCUCGCGACUGUUGUGCCAUCCAUUCUUGGAGGAUUGCCAAUGCGUGUGGACCGUUCAGAGAAUGCCAAUGCCAUCCGCACGCUGGUUCACAUUUUAGACGAGCAGAGGGAAUUUGUAGUGACUCAGUGCUGGGUAGAGAUGGCACAGUGCAUCGCUAAGGUGCUGGCCUCUCCUACCGUUGAGGAGAAGCAGAAGCAUCUGUUAGUUAACGAAGGCAUAAAAAAAAUGUUGCAAAGCCACGGUCAGAAGUGGAGGGAGACGUGUCCGCAGUUUUUGUCAGCGGAGUUGCUCUCUUCCCUUGAACGAUACGGUUGCUGCUAA